GUUCUGGGAAAUAACGGACGAGGGGCUUCAGUAUACAUCCUUCUUGUACGACACAGCAUGAUCUUAGUAUCCUGAGAAAUCCUGCCACGUAUUGCACGAGUGCUCUGGAGGAAGAGAACAAGCAACAUUAAACCAGCUGCUCUCACGAUAGACGUUUUACAUACUGCAUUGUGCUCUACCAUAUCUUGUCUCUUGUGGUCACUCACAGACAGGCUCUCACAGGAGUUGGUACAUUUAUAACGGAUAUUUCGCUUCGAAGCCGGCAAGCCCCACUGGUUCUAAAUAUAGGUGAACAGUCAUUUCCUCAACCCAUUUAGCUGUCGUUGGUGGCGGGAAAAACCCCUUUCAGUGUACUCAGUUAUCAAGUUUUUUGUUAUCCAGUAAAAGACAAACCACAAUGCAUAGCAGCAAGAACGACACAAAUCCCGUUCCCAUGGAAACGAUGUAUAAUGACGUAGAGCACGUGUUCAUGGCAGGCACCUUGCUGAUCAUCAUGGUGUUUUCAUUGGUGGGGAAUAUUACAGUCUGCGUGACUGUUUAUCGAAAGCGCCGACUGCGCACGCGUACAAAUGCAUUCAUCAUCAACCUCACAUUUGCCGACCUCGGCGUGGUCACCCUGUGUAUGCCAUUCUCGUUGAUCACGUGCUUGAGCCACAAUUGGACGUUUGGUGACGGCAUUUGCAAAUUGAAUGGGUUCGUCAACAUAGUGUUUACCCAGACGUCUUUGCUGACGCUAACAGCCAUCGCUAUUGACAAGUAUUACUCUAUUGUGUGGCCGUUACGGCGUGUGAUGACGAAGAGGCGAACAGUUGGUUUGAUCGCCUGGACGUGGAUACAGCCUGUUAUCAUUGCUUUAGUUCCCUUUACUGGGAUAACACGCUAUCAGUUUAAACUAGGUACGACCCAAUGCGGUCUAGAGUUCCCCAGGACACUCCAUCAGAUCAUCUACGGCGUGGGCGUGUCUGUUAUUGGCUACUUUGUGCCGCUAGCAAUCAUGGGAUACGUAUAUUCCAAGAUUUUUCAUUCCGCCAAGCAAAGCGCACGACGAAUAAGCCGCGUAUCUUUAACAAGCACUUCCAGCGUCAACUCCUUUGCAACGCACAGAAAAGUGGCCGUAACAGUUUUGAUUCUGGUGAUUUUAUUUUUCGGUUGUUGGACGCCUUACUUUACCUACGUCAUCAUAUUGAUUUCUUAUCCUUCACUGACGUCACACCAACACGUCAUGUCGCUUGGUAAAGCAAGUUAUUGGAUGGCUUUCCUCUGCUCUGGUUUAAAUCCUUACAUCUAUGGAGCUCGCAAUCCUCAGUUUAGAAAAGAGUUCAAACUUCUUCUUUGCUGCCUUUGUCCUUGUUUUGCACCGCGCCUGAAGAUGAGGGGUUGUAGUACCACUUCCAGUAGCAGAGGAUCAUGGGAAGUUAGUAACGAGUAUAACCCUCUGCGUCGAGGAAACACCCCUACACCCUUCGAAUCACCUGUUGCCUACCCAAAGAGAGGCUCGUCUUUUGACUUGACGGCACAUCUGAGAAAUAUAGCGGUUCAGAAUAAUGAUUUGGGUGAUGGUUAUUUUGUUGAAAGUAACCAUGACGACUCUAUCGAUAAACCAGAAAGUGGUAGUAACCAUGACAACUCGUUAGGCAAACAAACAAAACGGCGACAAAGUUCUCUCAAACUGAGAUUCCAAGACAACACGAGUUUUGUCGAUUUGCCAAGAAAAGAAAGUGACAGCGAACACAAAGACCAGCAGUCAAGUAACCAUGGUUACGAUGAACCUUGCAAAGAAGUGAACAUUUUGUCAUUUUGUAAUGAUAUCACAGACGGCUCUCAAAUGGUAUCAAAACGAACAAAUGAUGUAAACAGAUAUAAAAGAAAGUGGAUAGAGAGUACGCUGUAGGGUGGGGAAGG